AUGGGAAAUACAAUAGGAGCAAGGAGAAGGUUAGCGAAGGUGAUGACCAUAGAUGGCGAGACGGUUAAGUUUAAAACUCCAUUAAAAGUAGAGGAAGUAACGAAAGACUACCCAGGCCAUAUCCUCAUAGAAUCAGAAGCUGUGAAGCACUUCGGCAUCAAAGCAAAGCCUUUGGAACCACAACAAGAACUGAAGCCAAGGAAACUCUAUUUCCUCUUGGAAAGAACAAAAUUUCCUCAACAACAAGAUAAGAAUAUUCUUCAGAGGAAAAUGAGGCCAGGGGUUCGGAUGAGUGCAAAAGAGAAAAUGGAAAGCCUCAUGUUAACCCGACAGGCAACUUCAGAUUUGUCGUCCGUGAAGGAAGGAAAGAAGUCUCGUGACCGACACCGGCAUUGUGAGGGUAAAAUUAAGGUUACCCAAGUCGGAGUUGUCGAAGUUGAUCGAUGA